GCAGGUCGCGGCUGACGUCGCAGCCCAGAUGGCCUCCCGGCUGACCCCGCUGACCCUCCUGCUGCUGCUGCUGGCUGGGGAUAGAGCCUUCUCAGAUCCUGAUGCUGUCAGCCCCAGUUCCGGAGAUCCAGCUGAUUUGCAAGGGGAAAAUAAUGUGAACAUCUGGGAGCCAGACACCUCCAUGUGGACACCCACUCAGCCCAACGGGGAGACUUCCGCUUUGCCAACAAGCAGCUCAGCCAAUGAACGACCCACCGACGAACCAAGUACCCAGCCCUUCAGCCAACACACCCAACCAACUACCCAGCUGCCCACGGAUUUUCCUACCCAGCCCACUGCUGGGCCCUACUGCCCGGAGCCCGACACUUCCUGCUCCGCUGUGCAGAGACACCAUGCGGCAGCUGUGUUGGGGAAUGCUCUGGUGGACUUCUCCCUGAAGCUCUACCAAGGCUUCUCAGCCCUGAAAAAGGCUGAAACCAACGUGGCCUUCUCCCCGUUCAGCAUUGCCAGCCUCCUCACCCAGGUCCUGCUUGGGGCCGAGGGCAGCACCAAGCAAAACCUAGAGGACAUGCUUUCCUACCCCGAGAAUUUCACCUGUGUCCACCAGGCCCUGAAGGACUUCACUUCCAAAGGCUUCACCUCCAUCUCUCAGAUCUUCCACAGUCCAGACCUGGCCAUAAAGGACAGCUUUGUGAACGCCUCUCACAGCCUGUACGGCAGUACCCCCAGGGUCCUGGGGAAUGACAGCGACGCCAACCUGGAGCUCAUCAACACCUGGGUGGCUGAGAACACCAACCACAAGAUCAGGCAGCUGCUGGACAGCCUGCCCCUGGACACGCGCCUCGUCCUUCUCAAUGCCGUCUACCUGAACGCCAAGUGGAAGAAACCCUUUGAUAAUAAAAGGAAGAUGGAGGCCUUUCACCUCAGAAACUCCGUGAUCAAAGUGCCCAUGCUGACUAGCAGCAAGUAUCCCAUGGCCCAUUUCCCCGACUCCACUUUGAAAGCCAUGGUGGGCCAGCUGCAGCUCUCCCACAACCUCAGCUUUGUGAUCUUCGUGCCCCAGAGCCUGAAACACAGCCUGGAGGAUGUGGAGCGGGCGCUCAGCCCUGCCGUCUUCAGGGCUGUCAUGACGAAGCUGGAGUCGUCCAAGUUUCAGCCGACUUACCUAACAAUGCCAAAGAUCAAAGUGAAAAGCAGCCAGGACAUGCUGUCCAUCUUGGAGAAGCUGGACUUCUUUGACUUCAGCUACGACCUCAACCUGUGCAAGAUGACAGACGACUUGGACCUUCAGGUGUCUACCAUGCAGCACCAGACUGUGCUGGAGCUGACCGAGACGGGCGUGGAGGUGGCUGCCGCCUCGGCCGUCGCUGUGGCCCGCACUCUGCUCACGUUCGAGGUGCAUCAGCCCUUCCUCUUCCUGCUCUGGGACCAGCAGCACAAGUUCCCUGUCUUCAUGGGGCGAGUAUAUGACCCCAGAAACUGACACCUGCAAGGGGCCAGGUGAGGACGAGCCUUCCUGCCUGAGCCGCAGCACUGGAGGUACAGUCCUGCUGCCACCCGUCUGGACCUAGCUUCCCAGGUACCUCCCAUCCCGAGGGCUCCCUCAGCACCUGACAGAGGCACCUGCUCCCAUCAGCCCCUCCUUAUGCCUUUGUCAUGCUCUCCAAACCACUUUUUGCAGCUUUCUCUGGUUCAAGUUGACCAUGCUCGACAAAUAAAAAACUGGCAGACCAUG